AUGGCAAUGGCUCGGCCCGUCAGGGCUUUGGCGCUCGCCGCCGUCAUGAUGUGGUGCUUCUUCCUCUACCAAAUCUUCAAGCCAUCGUCUGGAGUCAGCAAUCCUUCAUCCAAUAUAAUACCAACUAAUGAAAGGGAUCCCAAUCUUGAUCCAACACACGAACCUGAAGGCAUUCUAUUCCGAGAAUCGGCAGAAUAUGCGCCCGGCAUCGAGAACUCGGCACGCAUCAACGCCACACUACUAGCCCUAGUGAGAAACGAGGAGUUGGCCGGCAUGUUACAAGCUAUGAAUGACCUCGAGAGGACGUGGAAUAGAAAGUUCAACUACCCAUGGACCUUUUUCAAUGACGUACCGUUCUCAGAGGAGUUCAAGAAGAAGACGAGUGCGGCCACGAAAGCCGAAUGUAGAUAUGAGGUAAUCCCAAAGGAGCACUGGGAUGUCCCAUCCUGGAUCAACGACGACCUAUACAAAGAAUCUGUCCAGAUCCUGAAAGAGAACAAAAUCCAGUACGCCGACAAGAUAUCCUACCACCAGAUGUGCAGAUGGAACAGCGGUCUUUUCUACAAGCACCCCGCUCUGGUCAAUACCAAGUACUAUUGGCGUGUUGAGCCAAAGGUUCACUUCUUCUGCGAUGUCGACUACGAUGUAUUCCGUUACAUGCAGGACAACAACAAGACGUACGGCUUCACUAUCAAUCUGUACGACGCCCCACAAUCUAUUCCAACAUUGUGGCCCGAAACAAUCAAAUUCUUAGCACAGCAUUCUGAAUAUGUUCAUGACAACAAUGCGAUGAACUGGCUUACCGACAAGAUCCGUCGCCCAGAACACAAUGACAAGGCUAAUGGCUACUCUACAUGUCAUUUCUGGAGCAACUUUGAAAUUGGUGACAUGGAUUUCUGGCGUAGCCAAGCCUACGAGGACUAUUUCAAUCAUUUGGACCGAGCGGGAGGCUUCUUCUACGAGCGAUGGGGAGAUGCGCCUGUUCACAGCAUAGCACUGGGUUUGUUCGAGGACUCGAGCAGAAUUCAUUGGUAA